AUGGAUGAGGAAGGUCGUUUGAGAAAUGUGUUUUGGGUAGAUGCGAUGUUGAUAGCAGCUUAUGAAGCUUUUGGUGACGGAAUUUCCUUUGAUACAACAUACUUGACGAAUAAGUAUGACAUGCCAUUUGCUCUGUUUGUCUGUGUAAAUCAUUAUGGGCAAACGGUGUCUGAUGUUGUCAAAGGGAAAGAAGGUGCAUUCAGAAAACAAGUGGUAUACAAUGUUUACACUAAUGAGGAAGAAUUUGACAUUAAAUGCUCUUGUCAGCUGUUUGAGUUCAGGGGGAUUAUUUGUAGGCACAUUUGCAAGGUGCUUAUUGAGAAGAAUGUGAAAGACAUUCCUUCUAGGUACAUUUUACCACGAUGGAGGAAGGACAUCAAACGCAUGCAUACAUAUGUACAGAACUGUUAUGAUGACCCACAGACCAGUGGUGAGAAACUGUGGUACAAUAAAUUGUGUUCUAAUUUUACUAAAGCCGUAGAACUUCGAGCAGUGUCAAAUGAGAAAUACAUGUUCUUGAUGAAACAUGUGGAUGAGGCAAUUGAGAAGUUGAUGGACAACACAACUUGUGAAUUCAAAUUCUAUAUCGAUCAAUCUGGACAUGCAUCACAGCUCGUCUUUAGGUUUUACAAGCCAAUGUAA